CUCUGUGGAAGUUCUGAACAGGUUCCUGGAGAACAUAAUGGAAUGGAUGAGGGCCAAUAAACUGAAGCUUCAUCCAGAUGAGCCUGAGAUCUUGACUGAAGCGCUUCUCAGAUGGUCCCAAGGGUGAUUCCAGGAUUUCUUUGUGGGACAUCCCUGCUCACAAUACUGCUUUUGUCGUACAGCAGUGCAGGUGUAGAGCUGUCCAUUAAUGCUAAUACCACUGACUACAGGCUGCCAACAAGGCCAGGUGUAAAUGAGUCCCUCUGGUGCAAUGUACGGAAUCACAGCCAGGAAGAGGAGCUGCUCUGGUUUCGACAAGAUGGGAUGGUUGACCUGAAAGAUGGGAACAGAUUAAAUACCAGCAACAUCUGCAUCUCUCCUGUCACUAUGGAUGACAAUGGGGUUUCUUUUACCUGCCAGUUGGCCCGAGAUGGAUCCAUCCAGAUCUCUGUGGUACUGGAUGUCAUGUUUCCACCUAUCAUAAGUGGAGAAGAUCCUCCCUCAGUACUAGAGCGGAAUAGGGUGACACUCGACUGCCACGUGAAGGCCAACCCUCCUGCUCAGAUGGUUUGGUAUAAAGACAACAGCACCCUCGUCCUGGAGGCAUCCCGCUUAUGGAUUUCCCAGACCAGUGAGCUCUUUCAGCUGGUGAUCGAGAGAGCCCAGGACUCUGACAGCGGGGUGUAUACUUGCGAGGCCAACUCUGCCCUUGGAACAGCGAGGCAAGAUUUCCUCUUGACCAUCGAAGCCGGAAAACUUGCUUUUCCAAUGGAAGCUGUCAUUGCUGCAGCGGUGGUGGUUUUUCUCACUAUCCUCUUUGCUAUUGUGGCUCGACGAGAAGCAAUACAUAAGUGCUUAAGGAAAGCAAGCAAAUGGCCAGGCAACAGAGCGCAGUGAAGGGAUUCCCAUCUUGGCGCAACAUCAGAAGCUCCUUCUAUUGCUGUCACAGACUGCAAACCCUUCCUUGCACAGCCUUGGUUAAAAUGCUUCCGUGAUUUAUUUAUUCUUAUUUAAAAUGCUGCUUACUUUCCA